CCUUGAUUUUUUCUCACAGAAGUUUUGGUAGUUGGUAUAACUAUGAGAAUGAUACGUUGUUAAGACGUUGUUUCUAGUUAUAAAUAGGUUUUUUGACAGAUUUCCAUUUUGCAAUUUUUUUCCAGAAAUGAAUUUAUUACAAGAUAUUAUUAAUGAAGCUGCAGUCGUAGCCAACAGUUUAUCACCAGAAAAGUCUCCCAGAAGGUACCUACAAGCAAUUAUUCUUGUGAUAAAACCGAUUUUUCAAAAAUAAAUAAUUCUACUGACUUGUAAAAAGUUUUUACAGUUUAGCUGUCAAUUUUACAAGUCAGUAGAGCCAGUAGCUUGUAAAAAUCAAUUUUCGCUGGUUAUGUUUUGACUUGAUAAGUGACGUUUUACAAAUGAGUGACAAAUAAAAUCAUUUGCACUGGUCUAUGCAUUUAAAUUUUACGGUCAUUGUCAUUUUCCAUUCACUAAACAAAGGUAGCGAGGGGUAUAUCUCAUCUUAAUAAGGCCACCUUUCAUACACAUUUAAUGACAAUAAAAUGACAAAUAUACUAUAUCAAAUUUCUUUAAAAAUGUCAAAUCACACUUUACGUCUGUGUUCCAGUGUAAUAAUUAUCCUUAUUCUCUGUAAACUAAAUUCGGCACAAGAUGAUAUAAGCGCUCCUAAACCCGAUAACAGCCCAGUCUCAGUUACUUCCAAUAUUACGAUUAUCAGCGGAGCAAAAAAAAAGGACCUAAAUGUCGACAAUCCAAAAAGAAAGGGUUUAACACAACGUAUAAUCCGAGGAUAUCAUUGCUCAACAAAAAAAUAUGGUUUUAUGGCAUUGCUUCUAGAAAAAUCCGAUACUGGAUGGAACAGAUUAUGCGGAUGCUCACUUAUACACCCCAAAUGGAUUUUGACCGCUGCUCAUUGCAUCAGAUAUCCUGAAGGAACGUAUGCGGUAGUUGUAUCUAUGGAUACUAAACCUAAAGUUAUUACAGCUAAAAGGAAUAUUGUACACCCUAAUUUUGACCAAGAUACUUUUUUAAAUGACAUUGCUCUAUUGGAAUUGAAAAAACGUGUAUAUGAAGAAGACGACAUUAGCUAUGUACAACUUCCCACUGCACCGACAACAGCCACUAAUGAUGAUGAAGACAUAAUUUGCAAGAAAGGUUUGGUAAUUGGGUGGGGAACAACAGAAUACAGCGAACUUGCUGAAGUGGACGAUUUACAAUGUGCAUUGAUUCCAAUGAUAUCUGUUGAAUCAUGUGCGACGAUUUUCAAAACAUAUCAUCGAAUGAAAUUGACACGUAAUCAAAUUUGCACUCUCUCAACCCGAGGAGUUGAUGCAUGCCAAGGAGACUCUGGUGGACCACUGUUAUGUGGCUCUAUUCAAGUAGGUAUUGUUUCCUGGGGAAUUCGUUGUGGUGAACCCACUAAUCCAGGAGUGUAUACUGACAUCGCAAAAUAUUUGGACUUCAUUGAAAACGCUAUGAACGGGGAUGCCAGAUGGAGAUCUGGAGACGCAUCUUUCAAUUCGUGCUCUACGUUUUACCUAAAUUAUAUUUGUAUUUUUUUUGUGAUUCCCAUCCUUUUUAUAUGAAUAAUAAAAUAUAAUUCGGUAACUGUUAA